CUUUGUGCUUAACCGUCAGAUCAACACUAUCUUAUACACUUAAGUGGUAUGGGGAACUUACUCCAGCUUGGCAAGUAUGGGUUUCGCCUUCCCAGUGCCCAGGUGCAGCAAUGACAUCAGUAUAACUUUGUGGGAGCAGUGCAGGCCAGGACUCAUUCUUUGUAAGGUGAUGCAAAAUGCAGGAGAACAUGAUGGGUAGAAUGACUCUUCGUGGGAAUGGUUUAGUGUGUGCUUCACUCUAAGAAGAAGACUAAGCGGGCUGUCGAUCAAAGAAAACUGAUGAUGACGCGCUACCAACUCCUACUAGCCUUGCUCUACUUCUUCGUGUUAUUAGUAAUCCUUCCCGUGUUCUGCAGUGAUAAGAUCUACUCCCUCUUCUACCAAGAGGACCCUUUAAGGAACCAAGAGGUGGAGGUGGUGAAGAGGGAACACCGAAGGAGGGGUGUGAAGGAGUACCUGCAGGAGACUGACGAGCAUGAAUCCCUCUCUUUCCACCGCUCACUCUUUAAGGAACCUCUAGACAACCUCAUCGUGGUGAUCGCCAAGCAGCCGCAACACGAGGAGGACAAGUUACUCUCGCAGUCGGUGACGGAGGUGGACAGAAACAUACGCUUCCAACGGCUUUACCACAACGGCCUGGUGAUUUGUAACGCCUCCAGGACGUCGUUUGAGGAGCUGCGGCAGUUGUCUGAUUUCUAUCCUGUGGUGCAGGCGGAGAACACAACCACAUGGAAGUUAUUCAACAAGGAGGAAACGAUCCGACAUGAUUUCAUGGACUGCAUCAGGCAGGGGCAGCGGCUGGCAAAGUUCAAAUACCUGACUCUGAUCAGGGACGUGAUGGUGCCUUACUCUGGCUUCCUGGAGACACUGAACCAACUCCUCAACUUACGCCUCACCCACGAGACCGUCCGCGGGGAACUGGUAGAGCGUGGCACCCCCUGGCUCUUCCUGCACCUCCAUGAACCGGUGCCACUCCGACAGUAUGACCUCAGCGGGGAGUGCCUGUGGGAGUUGCUGCUUCUGGCCAUUACCGGAGGGCUGCUCUUCUACACUGUCUUUCGCUAUCUCGAGGGGCCCUCACUACCGGUAUUCAUGCGGAUCACCUACACCUUUUACGGCGCCCUUUACUUCGUCACUUUCGCUGUCGUUGUCGGAAGGCCCUACAUCACGGAGUUAAGACGCUUCGCCGCCUGCUUUUACCGUGUGUACGACCCUCCUGAGCCUAUCCACUUCUCAGCCAUCACCUUCCCCAGCAGCAGCCUUCAGCCACUCCUGCAGCAGCUCAGUACUCUCCGCUGCUCCUUGUACUCGCCCUUCCACGAGGCUCUAGACCACAUGGUGAACACCCUCGAGUGUCCUGGCUUCGUGGCCUCCCCAUCCUUCGUCAGCUACGCCGUCAGGAACCCAGUUCCUUCCUGACAUCACUAUUCCUACUAUCGCCAUUAUCAUCCAUCCGACUGCCAUCCACACACACACACACACACACCGCGUAGUGUAGCGGUUAACACGCUCGGCUCACAACCAAGAAGGAUCGGGUUCGAGGGUUCGAGUCCCGGGCGCAGCGAGGCAAACAGGUGAGCCUCAUAUUGUGUAGCCCCUGUUCAACUAGCAGCAAGUAGAUACAGGAUGUAACCCGAGGGUUUGUGACCUCGCUGUCCCAGUGUGUGGUGUGUGAGUGGUCUCAGUCCUACCCAAAGAUCGGUCAGUACGAGCUCUGAGCUCUUCUCGUAAGGGAACGGCUAGCUGGGUGACCAGCAGACGGCCGUAGGUGGAUAACACACACACACACACAAAGUUUAUCAGGCGGGGAUAAUAGUGAAUGCUUACGGAAAAGAAUAUUCCAUACCGAAAUAUUUUAUAAUAAGAAAAAAUGCGAAGAACUCAAACACUGAAUGAAUAAAAGAUGAAAUAAAACACCGGGGAGUGAACGAACACGAAAACUAAUAAAAGCGGAACCAGAAUUACAUAAAGAAAUUAAAAGCAAGUGUUAUCAAAGCUAAGAACGUGAAAACAGAAAACAAAACAUAUGGUCACCAUGUUGAUUUUGUGAUUAGUUAUCUGAAUGUACGAAUAUAUUGCCUGUUCUGUUGUGUUUAAGAUUAUUCAGUUAACCGAGUGCUUUCUGAUCCCGCUGUGAAAAGUGUACAAUACGUUAUAGAAUACUGUGCCUUAUCAGAUUAAUUCAAUAGUUUAUGUGAUAGCAAAAUAUAUAGGUAAUACCAAUAAUAAUAAUAAUAAUAAUAAUAAUAAUAAUAAUAAUAAUAAUAAUAAUAAUAAUAAACCAUUUUGUAAUUCCUAAUGUACAUACUAGUUGUCAGCUUCUAUUAUUAUUAUUAUUAUUAUUAUUAUUAUUAUUAUUAUUAUUAUUAUUAUUAAUGUUUUUCGUCAUUAUUUCAAACCCUUUCCAUUUUUGCGUCUAUGGUUGGCAUUAUGAUCCUAAGUGUGUGUGUGUGUGUGUGUGUGUGUGUGUGUGUAGUUUGCCAAAUAUCUUGCACCACUGUGCCUUAGAGUUGUGAUGUUACUAUAAUGAGACUGUUGUUUAAUUAAAAGGCAUAUUGUUAAA